GUGAAAGAUAAUAGACAGAAUUGAAACAAUUCAAAGAUAAUAGAUGAAAUUGAAAUUAAACUGAAAGUUAGUAGAUGAUUUUUUGAAUUAAGCCUAUAUAUAUAGUAAUAUGUAUUAUUUGAUGGACAUAAAAAAAAAAAAAGAAGUAUAAUUUGAUACCUAGGUUUUCUGCAAGUUCUCAAAUGAAAUUUGUGUAGGAUCUGCAUCUACAAUUCAUUUCCUCAUCUCAGUUCUCACAACACUAUUCUGUUUUUCCCUCUGUCUCAGCACGAUCUUUCUCUCUGUCCAAGCAUGAUUCCUGAGUUUGUCACCAGCCUCUUCCUUGCUCCUAUUAUAGAGGCGUUGAUUUCCAAAUUGGUUUCACGUGCUUCUGGACGGUGGACAGCUUCCGGUUCAAGUUCGCGUUUUGAUCCUGUAACGGAGCUGGCGAAACUUGAAGAUUCGCUCAAGAUGAUCCAGUCUGUACUUAAAGAUGCUGAGGGAAAACAGGGAAGAGAAAGUGAUGACCCUGUAAGGCUCUGGCUACAAGAUCUCCAAAAUGUAGCUUAUGAUGCUGAGGAUGUACUUGAUGGGUGUGAUUAUGAGCAUCUUGAGUACCAGCUUAACCCUCGAGGCGGGAAGAAGAAAGGCGAUAAGAAAAAGAAAAGCAGUACCCUCAGUUUCACCCUUGCUUUUGGCAAUAAGAAAAAGAAAAGCGGUACCCCCAGUUUCACCCUUAGUUCUGAUAUAGGUGACAGAAUAAAGGAUAUCAAUGCGCGCUUUGAUAGAUUAAAAGAGCGCGUUUCUCUGCUAAAUCUGAAGGCAUACCAACAAUGUCAUCCGAUUGCUAGCCAAUUUACACCGACAGACUCCCUCCUUGAUUGUCCAGAGGUUUCUGGAAGGGGAGAUGAUAUUGAGAAAAUUCUUGAGAUGCUGGAUGACUUGAGGGGGGAACAGUAUCUAGUCUCUGGCGUUUCAAUAGUUGGCAUGGGGGGCCUUGGAAAGACAACAGUAGCAAGAUCAAUAUACAAUAAGGCCAAGGAACGCUAUGAUCUAGUAGUCUGGGUGUGUGUCUCUGAAGACUUCAAUGAGCAAACAAUUGUGAGAGAGAUGUAUGAACAUUUAAAGGUUGGUGUCGUUCCAAGCAGCAUCAAUGUACUUGUUGAAGAUCUUGCACAAAAUUUAGAGAAGAAAACUUUUCUUCUCAUUCUUGAUGACGUGUGGAACAAAGAUAAAUCCAAGUGGGUUGCUUUCAACAGUCGUCUCUCAGGAAUUUUGAGGACAAAUGGGAAUUCCAUUAUGGUGACAACUCGUGAUGAAGAGGUAGCACUUGAGAUGAGGAAAAUGAAUCUUGUGCGAAAUUCUAUGCAGAUUUAUAAAAUGGAGAAGUUAUCAGAUGAUGAGUGCUGGUCAAUAAUUGAAAAGAGGGUUCUCAAACUGUCGGGACUGCAAUCAAUUUCUCCUAAUUUGAAAGAUAUUGGGGUGGAUAUUGCCAAAAGGUGUGGGGGCUUGCCAUUGAUAGCGGCUGUCAUUGGAGGAACAUUGAGCUCUAAAAUUCAAAAAUGUGCGUGGGAGGCUGUCAGAGAUAAUGAUGCAUGGAAUUUGGAUUCAGAAGAUGGAAAAUGGAUUUUAUCCAUACUGAAAAUCAGUUUUGAUCAUUUGCUUCCACCUUUGAAAAAAUGCUUCUCUUAUUGUUCAAUAUUUCCAAAAGAUUUUCGCAUUGGAAAGGAUGAUUUAGUUCAACUCUGGAUGGCUCAGGGAUUUCUUCACCAACCUAAUGAAAGCUCCAGGACAAUGGAAGAAAUUGGUGAUGCUUACUUUAACUAUUUGUUAUCUAAUUCCUUAUUUCAAGAUUUGGAAAAGAAUGGAUAUGGAGAUAUCAUUUUUUGCAAGAUGCAUGAUGUGGUGCAUGAUCUGGCAUUGGCUGUUUCAAAAGAUGAAACUUUAAUCUUGGAGUCUAGUUGCAAGAUUGACAAAAAUGCUACUAUUCUACAUUUGAGAGUCAAGCACAAUGGGAGUGGACUUCCAUGCAUUCCAACUGAUCUCUGUCAAAGGCUACGUUCUUUGUUCAUAGAAAAGGAUGCUGAUGUUUUCAAUAACGUGGCAUCUGAUCUCAAAAGUUUACGAUCUUUAAAAUUAAUGCAAGCCAAGACAGAAGAGUUGUGUCCUGCUCUUGGUGAACUAAAGCAUUUGAGAUACCUUGACAUAUCAAAUGGCAAAUUUAAAGCACUACCAGGAUCCCUUUCCAAGCUCUACCAUUUGCAAACUCUUAGACUAAACUGGUGCCAUUCUAUUCCAUGGAUCCCUGAUAAUAUGAGCAAUCUAGUGAGCUUGAGGCACCUUUAUUUUUCUAUUGAAAAGCAUGUGCCAAGGGGGCUUGGGGACCUAACUUCCCUUCAAACAUUACCUUUAUUUUUUGUAAGCAAAGAAAAGGGGAGUGGCAUUGAAGAGCUGGGAGGCUUAACCCAACUCAGAGGAGAAUUGGAGAUUCGGAACCUUGAACAAGUUGGAUCAAAAUCAGAAGCCAUAAAAGCAAACCUACAAGGAAAGACAAGAUUGCACCAUUUGAAAUUGCAAUGGAAUGAAUUGGAAGGAAACUGCAGCAACCAUGUGGAGGUUCUAGAUGGUCUUCAGCCUCACUCAAACUUGAAAAGUUUAUCCAUUUAUUGUUACAUGGGAAAGAGCUUUCCGCCAUGGAUGAUGAGUGGUGGUGCUACAUUUUUGUCUGAUAACUUGGUGGAGUUGGAAUUAGGUGAUUGGCAUAAUUGUGAACACAUUCCUAGUUUGGGACUUUUGCCUGGUCUCAAGUCUCUUUAUAUUUAUAAUUUUGAAAAUGUAAAAAGAAUAGGUCAUAAGUUUGAUGGUCCAAGAGGAGUAGAAUCAAUCAAACUGUUCCCAGCUUUGAGACAGCUCACCUUAAAAAACAUGGCAAGCUUAGAGGAAUGGGUUGAAGUCAAUGAUGAUGAUAUUGCAGUAGGAGGCAAAGUUGAGAUUGUGUUUCCUUGCCUUGAAAGUUUGAAAAUUAGGAAUUGUCAAAAGUUGGAAACUUGGUUCAUGGGUGGAUUUUCAUCUGAUCAUAAGUUGUCUUCCUUGGAGAUCCACAAUUGUGUCAAUCUGAUGGCUAUCCCAGAGGGGUUGGGAAACCUCACUUCCCUUGGGAUGUUGCAUCUUUCAGGAUUCAAGGGAGUGCAGGCUUUUCGAGAGGGGUUGGGAAACCUCACUUCCCUCAGGGCGUUGCAUCUUUCAGGAUUCAAGGGAGUGCAAGCUUUUCUAGAGGGGUUGGGAAACCUCACUUCCCUUGGGACGUUGCAUCUUUCAAGAUUUGAGGGAGUGCAAGGUUUUCCGGAGGGGUUGGGAAACCUCACUUCCCUUGGGAAGUUGCAUCUUUCAGGAUUCGAGGGAGUGCAAGCUUUUCCAGAGGGGUUGGGAAACCUCACUUCUCUUGGGACGUUGCAUCUUUCAGGAUUCGAGGGAGUGCAAGCUUUUCCGGAGGGGUUGGGAAACCUCACUUCUCUUGGGACGUUGCAUCUUUCAGGAUUCGAGGGAGUGCAAGCUUUUCCGGAGGGGUUGGAAAACCUCACUUCCCUUGGGACGUUGCAUCUUUCAGGAUUCGGCAAAGUGCAAGCUUUUCCCGAGGGGUUGGGAAACCUCACUUCCCUUGGGACGUUGCAUCUUUCAGGAUUUAGCGGAGUGCAAGCUUUUCCCGAAGGGUUGGGAAACCUCACUUCCCUUGGGACGUUGCAUCUUUCAGGAUUCGACGGAGUGCAAGCUUUUCCCGAGGGGUUGGGAAACCUUACUUCCCUUGGGGUGUUAGAUCUUUCAGGAUUCGGUGGAGUACAAGUUUUUCCGGAGUGGUUGGGAAACCUCACUUCCCUUGAGACAUUGUAUAUUUCAGGAUUCGGCAGAGGGCAAGCUUUUCCGGAGGGGUUGGAAAACCUCACUUCCCUUAGGACAUUACAUCUUUCAAGAUUCGACAGAGUGCAAGCUUUUCCGGAGGGGUUGGGAAACCUCACCUCCCUUGGGACAUUGCAUCUUUCAGGAUGCGGCGGAGUGCAAGUUUUUCCGGAGUGGUUGGGAAACCUCACUUCCCUUGAGACAUUGAAUCUUUCAGGAUUCGGCGGAGUGCAAGCUUUUCCGGAGGGGAUUCGACGGAGUGCAAGCUUUUCCGGAGGGGUUGGGAAACCUCACUUCCCUUCGGAGAUUGCAUCUUUCAGGAUUCGGCGGAGUGCAAACUUUUCCGGAGGGGUUGGGAAACCUCACUUCCCUUCGGAGAUUGCAUCUUUCAGGAUUCGACGGAGUGCAAGCUUUUCCGGAGGGUGCAAGCUUUUCCGGAGGGGUUGGGAAACCUCACUUCCCUUAAGACAUUGCAUCUUUCAGGAUUCGACGGAGUGCAAGCUUUUCCAGAGGGGUUGGGAAACCUCACUUCCCUUGGGACAUUGAAUCUUUCAGGCUUCGACCGAGUGCAAGUUUUUCUGGAGGGGUUGGGAAACCUCACUUCCCAGGAUUGAACUGAGUGCAAGCUUUUCCAGAGGGGUUGGGAAACCUCACUUCCCUUAAGCCAUUGAUGCUUUCAAAUUCACUUGAGACAUUGAAUCUUUCAAGAUUCAACAAAAUGCAAGCCUUUCCAGAGGGGUUGUGAAACCUCACUUCCUUUGGGACAUUGAAUCUUUCAGAAUUCAACCGAGUGCAAGCUUUUCUAG